AUGUACCGCACCGAGCCGCUCGCCGCCAACCCCUUCGCCGCCGUCUUCGCUCACCUGCUCAACCCCGCGCCCGAGCGCGGCGGAGACGAGGCGGAGCGCACGCCGCUCUCAGGAUUCUUACCUCCCAUAACUCCUCCAGAAAAGUUCUUCCUCUCCCAGCUGAUGUUGGCCCCUCCUAGAGAGCUGUUCAAGAAGACUCCGCGGCAGAUCGCUGCCAUGGACGUGGGGAACAUGGCCCAGUCAGUGGAUAUAAGUGGGCUCCAGCUGGCAUUAGCAGAACGUCAGUCUGAGUUGCCAACACAGAGCAAGGCCAGUUUCCCCAGCAUCCUCAGCGAUCCUGACCCAGAUUCUUCCAACUCUGGUUUCGACAGCUCUGUUGCUUCCCAGAUCACAGAAGCCUUAGUGAGUGGACCAAAACCUCCUAUAGAAAGUCACUUUCGACCAGAGUUUAUUCGACCACCACCUCCACUGCACAUAUGUGAGGAUGAAUUGGCCUGGUUAAAUCCCAUCGAGCCAGAUCACACCAUCCAGUGGGACAAGUCAAUGUGUGUUAAGAACAGCACUGGAGUUGAGAUAAAAAGAAUCAUGGCAAAAGCUUUUAAAAGUCCUUUGACUUCCCCACAGCAAACACAGCUCCUUGGAGAACUGGAAAAGGACCCCAAACUUGUUUACCAUAUUGGUCUCACUCCUGCCAAAUUGCCAGACCUGGUUGAAAACAAUCCUUUAGUAGCUAUAGAAAUGUUGCUGAAACUAAUGCAGUCUAGUCAAAUAACAGAGUAUUUUUCUGUCUUGGUCAACAUGGACAUGUCCUUACACUCAAUGGAAGUUGUCAAUAGGUUAGUAUGA